AUGGCAAGCUUUAUUAUGAAACAAAUGGUUGGUGGAAAAUUGAAUGAAAUGAAAGGUGGAAUCGACAAACUUACCGGUGAUAAAGAUGGUGAAGGUGGCGAAAAGACAGAAUCUGGUGAAGAUCCGGAAGUUGUUGCAGCACGUUUGGAGCAAGAAGAACGACGUAAAGAACGUCAUCGUAAAAUGGAACGUGAACGUGAAAAAAUGCGUCAAGAUAUUCGUUCGAAGUAUAAUAUUCAAAAGAAAGAAGAUUGCAUUGGUAAUGCACCAUUUAAUACAUCAAUGGAUGGUCGUAUCGUUGGUCCAUUGAAGAAAACACCGCAACAAAUAGCACAAGAAAUGGAAGAUGACGAUAGUCUGAUCGGUCAACUUGGUUUAACCGAACAUGUUGAAAAAGCAAAAACUGUCGUAAAUGAAGCAUUGGAAACGGUUAAAAACUUUUUACCAUUUGGAAAAUAA